GGCCACAGCUGCAUGUGUGUGUAGAGUUCCUAUGGCAAAUCUAAUGUUUAUAUAGGAAGAACAAACUGUACCAACUGCUUCAAUCCAUUCCAAUGUGCUUAGAAAAAUUAAUCAAUCAAGGAAAAUGAGUUUUAUUAAGAAACUACAUCGUUUCAAGGUGUUUCAACAUUCUUUCACAGAACCCGCCGACUUCUAUGCCCAUCAGAUAAAAAUUCCCAACUUGAUAUCGAAAAUUUCCGGCCUGGAUGUGUUCAGUGAAGAUUUCAAGAUACCCAACGGCUUCAUGGUGUUAAUCUUCGUGUCCAUGUUAUUCUACUUCUACAUAAAUGGAGCAUCGGCCUAUGAAAUGCGUGACACUACCGAAGAUCUGAUUAACAGUUUGACUACCAUCGGAAUCGGAAUUCAGGUAGCUUCGAAAACUGUCACCUUUGCAGUAUUUCGAAAGGAUCUGGUUUGGUUGCAUCGGUACACUGAGGCGCUUUAUAGGGAGGAAUGCAACCCAAGGACGAGAGAUAUGCUUAUGGACAAUGUGUUUUUGCUGAGUGUGAUAUUGAAAACUAUGAUGGUGGGAUACGCUUUUACGAGUUUUUCGUUGGACUUUGCACCUGUGCUGGUUUUGACGUUUACGGGAACCAAAUUGCUACCAUUUGGGUUCUACAUCCCGCACAUCGAUCGUUUUUCGUGGACAGGGUAUUUGGUCAACUAUUUGGUUCAGAUUGUUCUGACGGUGUAUGUGACAUCCGAAGAUAUGGGCCCUGAUUGUAUCUACAUGAUCAUAUCGUUGAAUUCAUUCACGCAGAUUGAUUUGAUUGUCGAAUCGUUGAAGGAAGUAAAUCGUCGUAUUGAAGCUGGAGAUAUCGACAUGGAAAACUGUUUGAUAAGCAUAAUUCAACGCCAUCGGGAACAUCUGGAGUAUCUACGAACAAUUGAAACUGUUUUCCGAAUGAUGUUCCUUGUUACUUUUAUAAGUUUGUCAUCAGUUUUAAUUCUAUCAUUGUUUGCAGUAGUGACGCUCGCGUGGUAUCAAGGAAUUGUGUUCAUUUUGUUUGUCAGUUAUCAGCUCUUUUUCGGAUGCUUUCUAGGAACAUGUCUGGAAAUAAAGAACGAGGAACUACAACGUGCAAUUUACAACAUUUCGUGGUAUAAACUGUCAGUGAAGAAUCAAAAAUUUCUCCGUUUUCUACUGCAAUCAGCUCAAGAGCCAGUUAAACUGACGCUAGUUUUUGCACGGUUGAAUAUGCCAACGUACUUGCAAGUGUACAAAUCAAUUUACAGUAUAUUUACCAUGCUUCUCACUGUACGCGAAGAAUAAUAGUUAUUUAUGUAACGAGUUGCAAAAAGUUGAUUUUUUCAGCACGAGUCGUACAUUUAUCCAACGAGGCUUGCCGAGUUGGAUAAAUACGAAGAGUGCUGAAAAAAUCGAGUUUUGCAACGAGUUCCAUACAAAAUUUUAUGCAAUGAUUUUUUCAUUAUACAACUCAUUUGAGUUGCAUAAUGUUCAUAAUGCAACUCAAAUGAGUUGCAUAAUGAACAUUAUGCAACUAUUUUUCAUUAUGCAACUCAUUUCAGUUGCAUAAUGAACCGGUACGGAAAAGUAAUUCAUUAUGAUACUGAAAUGAGUAGUAUAAAAUAGAAAUUAUAAUACUGAAUUGCAUAAAAGCAUAUU